ACUUCAACCUUGAUUGUGCAGUUAACAGCCGACUCAAAAUCCAACUGAGCAAACUACAUUUCAAAUUCUAUUUUCAAUAUUGUUGGUUUCUUCGGCAACACAGCCACCGGCAAAAUAGUGCAGACGUAUUUUGCCUCACGAAGUUUGCGCGCUAAUUUCAUUUCCUUUCUUUAUUUCCUCGCCAAUUUUUGUCAACUGUUCAUCUUCGCGCAGGGAGGUUCCAUUCCAUGAAGGAAAAUCAGAGAUUCUGUUAAUUGACCAUGUCGUUGAAACUAUUGCUUCUCGUUUUAGGAUUCCUGGUGUACUCUCUGAGAAGCUCUCUUGGAGAAUCUUCCACCUGUUUGACGGUUUACAAAGAAGGUGGUGCGCCGGCGGUGUUCCAAUCCCCUAAAUGCCCUCGCUGGAAAAUUCCGAAUCAUGGUUCUGGUGCACGCUCCCCCACUCCCGUGACGGGGCGCUGUCAAUCGGCUGUGCUUCAGGGUCGAAGGAAGCACAUGGAAGAUCGCACUGUCUGCAUGCUCGAUCUCCACAUUCCCUUCCCGAGCAAAAUUGGGGUUAAGGAAGUUUCAGUCGGAGUUGUUGCGGUUUUUGAUGGUCAUAAUGGUGCUGAAGCUAGUGAGAUGGCUUCAAAACUUUUACUGGAGUAUUUUGCUCUACAUACAUAUUUCCUUUUGGAUGCAACUUUUUCCUUUGUAUUGAAGAAGCAGUCAAGUAGGUUGCCAAAUGUAGGAGAAGGGGAUAUUGUUUUCCAAGUGCUUAAUUGGGACAAAGAGAUUGGAAAGCAUGGCUUGAACUUUGAAAGAUUUAAGUUUUCAGUCCCAGAAAAUCUUGAUGAUUCUUUUCACUUGGGUAUAUUGAAGGAAGCUUUGUUAAGGGCAAUCCAUGACAUAGAUGCAACAUUUUCUAAGGAAGCAUCUAGAAAUAACCUUGCUUCGGGUUCAACAGCUACAAUUAUACUGAUAGCAGAUGGUCAAAUUUUAGUUGCUAAUAUUGGAGAUUCCAAAGCCAUUCUGUGUUCCGAAAAAUUCCAUUCUCCUUCUGAGGCCAGAGAAACUUUGUUACAAUUGUACAGGGAGUGGAGGCGCAACGGUGCUGUUUCACCUUUUAGAAGAUCCAAUUUUAAAGUGGCUGCGUCCAGUGGAUUGGUACGUUAUAUUGUCAAGGAACUAACUAGAGAUCAUCACCCUGAUCGAGAUGAUGAAAGGUCUCGAGUAGAAGCAGCUGGUGGCUAUGUUGUUGAAUGGGGUGGUGUAUCACGUGUGAAUGGUCAGCUGGCGAUCUCCCGUUCUAUUGGUGAUGUAUCAUACAAAAGUUAUGGUGUUAUCGCUGCACCAGAGGUGACAGAUUGGCAAUCUCUGACUGCUAAUGAUAGCUAUUUGGUGGUUGGCUCUGAUGGCAUUUUUGAAAAGCUGAGCUUGCAGGAUGUUUGUGAUUUACUUUGGGAAGUAAAGAAUCAUGAUACUGUUGGAUCAAGACUAUCUUCUUCAUGCUCACUCUCACUAGCUGAUUGCUUAGUGAAUACUGCCUUCGAGAGGGGCAGCAUGGACAAUAUGGCAGCUAUAGUGGUUCCACUGGGAUCUGCUUUUCUAUCUCAAAACUUGCUGACUGAAAGAUGUGGAAGGAAAGGGGCCAAGGAAUUCCCAGCUAAUGGACUACAAAAAUUCAUUCAUGGACGAUCAAGUGAUGAUAUUAGUCCAGACCUACUGCAGUUGGAAUCUACUCAUCCAAUCACGACUAAAUUUAACAGGCUAUUGGUUCAAGGAAAACCUAGCAGUUAUAGCUGUUUCUAUUUAUCUGAGAAUCUCAAUGAUGAUGUGGAUGAUACAAUUCAAACUCAAAAGGAAGAUUAUGUGCAUGACCUACCCCAGGCUCUACCUAAUGCCUUUGAACGACCCUGUGGUGGACCUUUAAAUGUGUACAAUGACCGGAGUUUAUGCUUAAACUUUGGGAUGACUGUUGAUGGAGCUAAUGAUCAAUGCGUAAAUCCUGAGGGCUUCACUAGUUUCCUUGGUUUUCUUGAAUCCAUACCCUUCCAUGAUACUAGUUCAAGUUAUGGGACAGAGGAGUAUCCAAUGCCAGACUCUAGGUAUAUUCUAAAGAAAAGAUUUGGUCGUGGUUCUUACGGUGAGGUAUGGUUGUCGUUUAGUUGGAAUUGUCAUCAUGGCAGUGAUGCUUCAAGAUGGGGUGAAGAAAACAAGACUACCAAUUUUGGUGAUAUUCAUUUUGAUACAUAUGGCAGUAGUUCACGUUGUAAUACAUCUAGGAAUGAUAGUCAUGUUGGUUCUUCUGAUGGCAACCUGUUUAUUCUGAAACGCAUAAUGGUGGAGAGAGGGGCUUCUGUUUACUUAAGUGGUCUAAGAGAGAAGUACUUUGGUGAAGUUUUCUUAAAUGCCUCUAGAAACCUUGGAAGUUUUCCAUCGGGUGAAGUAUCGGAACCUUUCUUAGAGGAAUCACAAUCUGGUUAUGGUGACACAUUAGAUGCAAAUUUAGAAUUAGGAAUCACUUUGAGUCCUGAAAAUAUAUAUCUGAACAAAUCUGGAUUUCACGGGGCUGCUUUUGAAGAAGGUUUGAACCAUAUUGCAAGAUAUGUUGAGUCAUUUGAAUCACGGUCUAAUGAAAUAUGGCUUGUAUUUCAUUAUGAGGGCAUGUCACUAUCAAAGCUUAUGUAUACCAUGGAAGAAGCCGUACAUAAUGCAGCUGAAGAAAGCGAUGAAGAAGUAAAACAAGUUCGCGUAUUGCGUCCAUCAAAAUGGUGGCAUUGGUUGAGGACAACAGAAGAAGGACAAGAAGAAAUGCGCAAUCUUAUUUGGCAAUUGUUGGUUGCACUGAAGUCCUGUCACGAUCGCAAUAUUACCCACAGGGAUAUCAAACCUGAGAACAUGGUUAUAUGCUUUGAGGACCAAAAAACUGGAAGAUGCUUGAGAGAAAUUCCAAAUGAAGAUAAGAAUUUUACCACUAGAAUGCGCAUCAUUGACUUUGGAAGUUCAAUAGAUGGGUUUACACUGAAGCAUUUAUACGGAUCAGCUGGACCUUCUAGAUCUGAGCAAACUCAUGAUUAUAGUCCACCUGAAGCUCUUCUUAAUGCUAGUUGGUAUCAAGGGCCCACUAGCACUUCUUUGAAAUAUGAUAUGUGGAGCGUAGGUGUAGUGAUCUUAGAGAUGAUCUUGGGGACACCAAAUGUAUUUCAGAUAAGUGCUCUGACACGCACUCUUCUAGAUCAUCAUAUCGAGGGUUGGAACGAAGACAUGAAGGAGCUUGCUUAUAAGCUUAGAUCCUUCAUGGAAUUGUGCAUUCUAAUCACUGGGAGUUCCUCCAAACAUCAUCAUGCGAUGAACCAAGCUGGCAUGUCACCUGCUUCUUGGAAAUGCUCUGAAGAAUUUUUUUCCCGUCAAAUACGGAGUAGAGACCCUCUGAAGCUUGGAUUUCCAAAUGUUUGGGCUUUGCGGUUAGUGCGUGACUUGUUACGCUGGGACCCUGGCGAUCGAUUAAGUGUUGACUAUGCUUUGAGGCAUCCGUAUUUCCAACCUCACAAAAGUUGAAGAAUGCCAGGUCAACCAUUUUUCUCAAAAGUUAAAGAUGUUCAUAGAAAAGUCUCAGUAGUUAGUUAUGUUCAUUUCCGAUUUUCCAAGUUGAUACCUAAUACAUGAAGGCUGAGGAAGUUGGAAGUUUGGUUUCGAAAGUCACUGCAAAGAAUACAUUUAAAAUGGAUGGAAGGUGGAUUCAUUUUGAAAUACCCAUUGCCAGGCUCUCUGCAACACAGAAUGCUGAGUACCGGUGCCAUUUAGAUGAAGACUGAAACUAUCAUGGCAUCUGCUAAAGUGAUGACUGCAAGGUGUGGCUCUCUCUAUUAGACUGGAUCCACCGCCCACAAAAUCAGACGUCCGCGGAACAUUCAGGUCAUUGUUAUGAAACAAUAGCAUGAGUGAAGAUGAAAGAGGGUCAAAAACUGUCAAAGUUAGCGUUGAUAUUAGGUUUUUGGGAAUCACUUCCCAAUUUGGAAAAGAUUCGAUAUUAGCUCUGAUGGAGUACAAUUUCAGUUAAAGAUUACACCCAAACAUAUAAAAACGAGUCCACACGCCACCCUAUUUCUCAUUUAGAGUAAAAGUUGGUUCCCAAAUAACGAAAGAAAGCACAAGAAACAGGCAACUCUUUGGUUCAAUGUGCUGAACAUUUUUUUUUUCUUAGGAAAGAGUAAAACUCUACUUGAUUUGAAAAAAUAAAAAAUCUUGUUGAGUUUCGAGUUAAUCAAAUCAAGUUUUCUGUUUUUUUAAGUCAAUUCAAAUAAGUAAUUUAAGUUUCUAGUCGAGUUGAAUUUUACAGCUUGAAUA